AAAUGGAAACAUCUUUCAAAGGUCAGAUAAUACAUAAACAUUCUGCUUUAUUAAAAGUUAGUGCUCAGAUAAUAGGCUUGUUGACACACUAGUUUAAUCAUUAACCCAGUGUUAUAUAGACGUAGCUAACCAGGCUAGUGUCAGGAAAAACACAGAAUUAGUUUCAUUCUGCGUUCAUUUACUCACCAUUAUCUGUAUGAAUUUCUAUGGUUAGAUGAACACAGAGAAAGAUAUUCGGAAGAAUGCUUGUAACCAAGAGUGGUAGUCAAAAAUUCAUUAUAGCUUAUAAAGCCAUUUUCCUACUAUGGUUGUCAGUGGUGGCCAAGAUAUGUUCGGUUUCAAGCAUUCUUCAAAAUAUGGGUGCAUCAAAAUAAAGAAAUUUAUACAGAUCGUAGCAAAAUAACUAUUCAGUCAAAGGUUCUGAGAAAGAAUCAUUUCUUUCUUUCGUUUCAUAUUGUAACAAAACGCUUCCGCGGCAAAGACUGAUUUUUUUGUAAACCAGAAAAGCUUGAAUGUUUAAGAUUCUAUGGAAUCAUACAGCCAAAAAUGGUUCUUCUGUGACAUUGUGUUGCACCUUUCUUUAAGACGUUAUGAUUGGCCUACUACUUUUACAAUGCAGUCAAAUGUUUUAAAAGGGCAUAAUGCAUUAAAUAAUGAAGUAAAGACCAAGACUGCCUAUCUCUUUUUGUAACAGGCAAUAUCUACCUGAAGUAGCCUGUUCCAUCCUAAAUAGCAGUUGUUUUUCUGUAAAAGGCUGCAGCACCCACACGUCCUAUCACUCCUUUUUCAUUGGCUACAGGUAAUACGUAGGCGCUCAGCCAGGUAAUAUAAAUUAGACAGUCUUGUCAAUGCUUGCCCUAUGUCCAUGCGACAAGUGCCCUCAGGGAACAAAUUAACGGCUUUGUAUUCCCUUCAUCGAGAAAUUAUCUACAAAUUAUAACGCAGGCGCUUUAACUUGUUCAAGUGCAUUGUAUAGGCCUAUAUAAAUAAACGACUUUUAUUAGAAGCUUAUAGGCUAUCAGAUUUGGAGGAUGUCUCUGUCUGUGCGUGAGAACCGCACCGUGCGCUUCGUGUUUCUUGGCGCUGCCGGGGUCGGGAAAACCGCCCUGAUCACCCGUUUCUUGCACGAUCGUUUCGACUCAAAAUACACUCGCACCGUGGAGGAGUUGCAUGCACUCGAGUACGACACAGACGAUGCCAGAGUGCGCAUUGAGAUUUUGGAUACGAGCGGCAGUUACGCCUUUCCAGCGAUGCGCGCUCUGUGUAUGCGCACUGGAGACGCGUUUGCGCUCGUGUAUGCAGCCGACGAGCCUGGCUCCCUUGAGGAGGUGCAACGACUCCGUGAGGAAAUUCUGGAGGUGAAAGGAGGAAAUUUCACGGACAUGACUGUGAUCGAGAACAAGGGGGAUCUGGGCUGUCGGAGUCGACAGGCUACCGCUGAAGUGAUGCGCACCGUGGAGAAGGACUGGAGCGCGGGGUUCGUAGAAACUUCCGCGCGUACCGGAGAGAAUGUCAUUGGGCUGUUUCGGGACUUGUUGCAACAGGUGAAGCUGCCGAGCCGUGUCAGUCCGGCACUUCGCAGACGGACACAGACCAUGACAAUAGAAGCCCCAGGAACGCAGAAAAUGCCCACCAUGAAGAAAAACAACAGCUGUAUCCUGUCUUAAUGGACAUGUCACUACGUGGUAGAUACGCAUCAUACUGAUGCUGGACGGACUUGGAUUAAUAUGGACAAUUGUAGGCUGCUCUGUUGCUUUAUGGCAGAGUAUUGUCUAGGCAACACAAAGGUCCUGGGUUCUAUUUCCGAUGAACUGAUCAAAUGUAUACU